UGUUUGUCAAGAAACUUCUUUUAUUUAUAAAAAAUAUUAAGUAAAACAUGGCUACGCUUUUAAAAGCAGCAACCACAACGAUUCGUAGCACGCUUUGGCAAGCGCGUAGCAUAUCAACAACUCCAUCAGUACUUAUAAAAGAAAUACACGAAAAAACGGAGAAUAAUGCCCGUAUAUACGAGGGAGUUGAUGUUGUGUCGCCACGCUCAGAGAAGAUGCUAAAGCCAGCCUGUGACAGCACUUUCUGCCCAGAGUGCACCUUAGGCUUGGACAUUAAACAUACUGAUGUACUCAUCCUAUCGCAAUACGUUCGAUCUGAUGGCUGCAUGCUACCCAGGCGCAUAACAGGACUAUGCCACCGACAACAAAAGAAAAUGGGCACACUUGUUACAAUGGCACAAAAGGCUGGUCUUAUGCCGAAUUUAGCGCCUUCAUGGAGCAAAAAGGAUCCAACGAAGCGUUUUGGAUGGCGCAAAUAUAACAAGUACUUCUUGGAGUCUACGAUUAGAUACUAAUAUUCGUUUUGUUCUUAUUUCGUGAAGUAAAUGAUAUAAGCAACUGUUAGUAAUAA